AAUCGACAUCUUUGGAUUAUCUCAUCGCCCGACAAUGGUCGAGUGGCCCUCCGCCUCGGCUUCUACGAGCAGCUGAUCAAGCUUCCUCAUGUGGUCAUGGCGAGCAGUCGCGAUUGGGAGGAUGAGGAGGUCAAUCACUCCUUGGCCUUGCGGAAGGCAAUCACAAUGCUUCGAAACUACCUCUAUAGGAAGGAGGCAUCCAUUCUGAAGUCAUGGUUCAAGCACUUCGACACCAACAUGAAUGGCAUCAUUGAGAAGUCCGAGUUUAUUGAAAGCAUCAGCCGGAUGUCCUACCCGGGGAACCCCGUGGAGUUCUGGAACGAGCUGGAGUUGGCAGACGCGGAAACUAUCAGCCUGCGAGAGAUCAGUGAAGAGCUGGCUGUCCUGUGGGGUCGCUUCCGGAAGUUCUGCGGGGUGACCUUCCUAGGCCCGAAGGACUUGCUCGUGCGCAUUGCUGAUCGGAAGGACGACGAUGAAAGGCGGAAGAGCGCCACCUUGGUUCGCUUGGCAGUUGGUGCAAACGGCACGAGCCCGCUGAUGGGUCCGUUGGUAGUGGACGCUACGCAAUGGUGUGAAGGACUGCGCCGUUGUGGAUGGACUGCAGGUCAUGAGGAGAUCCUUUUCGAAGCCUUGGACCGGUAUGAUGAGGCCUUGCUGGGUCAGAGGAACUUCCACUGGCUGGAGUCAGAGGUUCGUCGCCACACCCUGAAGUGCGAAGCCAAGCAGAAGGCUGCCGUGGACCAGAAGCUUCGUUUGGCUGCCAGGCGAAAUCGACAAAAGACCUUGGUCGACUUCAAGGAAUACCUCAUCCGCCACUUUGGCGAACCCUACUUUGCCUGGCGGAGGGCGCUGGACGUGGAUGGCACCAUGAACUUGCAGAGGGCAGAACUCUACAAAGUCUGCCGCAGCUUGGGUUGGCGUGGGGACGUGCGCCUCUUGUGGCAAGCCAUGGACGCCGAUUCCGCAGGCACAUGCUCCCUUCAGGAGCUGGACCUGCGGACAGCCCGGCAGCUGGCGCGCUUCCGCGGCUGGGCCGAGGGAAAGUUCGGCCCAAAGCCAGCGCAUCCGUUGUGGAAGGCUGUGGACCGACGAGGGAAGAUGCGCUUGGGCCAUGAGUCCUUCCUUCAACAGCUCAAGCGACUGCAGGUGUCCCUGACAGAGCUGGAAAUGGAGGAAAUCAGCCACUGGUUGGACUGGCAAGAGAAGGGCGCGGUCUCUUUGGACGAUUUGCUCUUCCUGGAUAUAUGGAAGCCUCCAGCCUACCUGACGGCCAUUUCUAACCCGGCUUCCGCCGAUGAGUUCCGGCGGCUGCUGAAGGAGAAGUACGGACACCCCUUGCGUGGCUGGCGAUUGAUGGACAAAGAUAACUCCAACACCUGCAAUUGGUUUGAGUUUCUCACGGCGAGCAAGAAGUUGGGCUUCGACGAUGCUGCGGGCGCCUGGUUAGACCUUGAUAAGGAUUUCAGCGGCGCCAUCUCGUUGGCCGAGAUCGAUGCUACGGCGAACCAGAUGCUGGUGGAGCUGAAGCGCUGGGCCGACCAAGAGUUCGGCGGAGUUCGGGCAGCCUUCCGUGUGCUGGACAAGGACAAGUCUGGCGAACUCACUGUGAAGGAGUUCCGCAUUGCAGUAUCCAUGUUUGGUUUCACUGGAGACGAGAUAACACUCUUCAGGUGUUUGGACGCAGAUGGCCAGGGUCGCUUGCAGCUGCAUGAGGUGAGCUUCCUCGAUGAAUGGGACCUUGGCCAGGACCUGGAUCAGGUUGGCGCCUCCACGGUCCCCGCCUACGAGCGCAGCGCCUCGCGAAUGUCACGGCUUUCCGGGAAGACGACGAUGUCAACAGCGCGUGGGGCGAGCUCCAGACAGACGGGCUCGCAGGAAGAGUCCAUGGUGGAAUUCUUCACAGAAGGGCCUGGCCCCGGCACCUACACCUUGCCAUCCACCUUCGGUGCGCCUUCGCGCAUGCCCACUGCCAGGCAUGGAGGUGCAUUCAGCUUCUGCCGGCGGCCAGAGGCUGCCUGGCUGGGCAAGCUGAAAUCCGUAGGCCCACCGCCGACCUCUGCGGACGAACCCCGGAAGCGGCCACCUUCCUGGAGCUUUGGGCGGAGCCCACAGCGGGCGCCUGUGAAAGAAAGAUCUCCGGGGCCCGGCUACUACGAACAGGCACCAUCACAGAAAGGGCCGAAGUUCACCUUUGGCACGCGGCGGCGUGCGAGGAUGCAUCCAUUGACACCAAUGCUGAAGCUGAGGCAAGGUGAUGAGAAGAGCUUACUGUACACAUGCUGAGAUUUGUCGACCUCGAAGAGUAAUCCCUCCA